AUGGGAAGGGACAAAACAAUAGCUCGAGCAAAAGGAAAAGGGAAAAUGACAUCUUCAAAUUCUUCAGUCGGAACUGAGCGGUCAGUUAGAUCAGAAGAAAUGAUGACACAAGUGAAUUCCGAGAGGCAUAUGACUACUCCCUUCCACUACCACCAUGAAACUUCCACGAUUCCGAAUCGGUUGAGAUUGAGCUUGUUUUCUCAAGGCUUUUCUUCUUCCUUCCAGAACAUAAUGUUGUGCGAAAUCGAAUGUCUGCAACACGUGUCAAUCCCAACAAAAGAUCUGGAUACAAACGGAACAAUUCCCGCAAGUUCAAUCGUAACAAAUCUUUUAAAACAAUUAACAAUAUACAAAGCUCUAGAAGAAUUCGGUUAUUUUAUCGGUGUAACAAAAUUAAAAGCAAUUAAAAAUGGAAUAAAUCACGAAUCAAAAAAAUACAUAGAUUUUUUAGUAGCAUUCAAUUGUCGAACCCUUUUACCCGUUAAAGGUGAAACCAUGAUUGGAAUUGUUCACUCGGUAAACCGGUUUGGGGUUUUUUUAAAAUCGGGACCUAUGAAAAUUGUUUAUUUAUCAACAAGAAAAAUGCCAAAUUAUUAUUAUGUGGAUGAGGGUGAACCGGGUUUUUUGAGUAAUGAUAUGUCGAGGAUUGAGAAGGAUGUUGUGGUCCGGUUCGUGGUUUUUGCUACAAGGUGGAACCAGAGGACACGUGACAUUAGGGUAUUGGCUAGUAUUGAAGGCGAGUCACUUGGACCGGUUAGUACGGCCGGUUUGGAUGGGUUCGAGGUGUAGUUUGGUCUAAAGUUGAAAGUAAAGGGGUUAAAGUUGUAUAAAUGAUUAAAUGUUGUUUUUUUUGGGAAUGAAGUAGGAAAAGAGUAUAUUUGUAAGUGAAAGUUAAAGUGAAAUGAGAAUUAUGUUUAGUUUUUGUCUUUUUGAAGAUAAAUUCACAGUAAUAGUCCCUUGGGUUAUGUGUAUUCUUUAGAUUUUACCCUAUUAUAUAUAAAUAUAUAAUAUGCUUUCAAUUAA